CACCAUUCAGAGGAACCACACACCACAUCCACUUUAUCUAUCCAUCGCCCGUUGAGAGGUUCGGAAGCGGUGAAGCACAAGUGCAGCAACAGCUGCGAGAAAGCAGCAAUGGCGAGGCACAGCCUCCUUGCCGUGCUCCUCGUCGGGCUGCUCGCGGCCUCCGGCUUCAGCCUCGCGGCCGCUGCUGGCCGGGGCCUCGCCGAGAAGCUCCCCGAGCCAGAGCCCAAGCCCACGCCGUACCCGGAGCCCAAGCCUAUGCCUAAACCUGAACCCAUGCCGAAGCCGGAGCCCACACCUAUGCCUAAGCCUGAACCCAUGCCAAAGCCGGAGCCCAAACCUAUGCCUAAGCCUGAACCCAUGCCAAAGCCAGAGCCCAAGCCGGAACCCAAGCCGGAGCCGAUGCCAAAGCCAGAACCCAAGCCCGAGCCGAUGCCUAAACCAGAACCGAAACCUGAGCCCAAACCUGAGCCUAUGCCUAAACCAGAACCGAAACCUGAGCCCAUGCCUAAACCAGAACCGAAACCUGAGCCCAAACCCGAGCCGAUGAAGCCAGAGCCUAAACCGAUGCCGAAACCGGAACCAAAGCCAGAGCCCAAGCCCGAGCCGAUGCCAAAACCCGAACCAAAGCCAGAGCCCAAGCCCGAGCCGAUGCCGAAACCCGAACCGAAGCCUGAGCCCAAGCCUUACCCCAUGCCCAAACCUGAGCCUAAGCCUGAGCCCAAGCCAGAGCCGAUGCCAAAACCUGAGCCUAAGCCUGAGCCCAAACCAGAGCCGAUGCCAAAACCCGAACCAAAGCCAGAGCCCAAACCAGAGCCGAUGCCAAAACCCGAACCAAAGCCAGAGCCCAAACCCGAGCCGAUGAAGCCUGAGCCUAAACCGAUGCCAAAACCCGAACCAAAGCCAGAGCCCAAGCCCGAGCCGAUGCCAAAACCUGAACCCAAGCCAGAGCCGAUGCCAAAGCCGGAGCCUAAGCCCGAGCCGAUGCCAAAGCCAGAGCCCAAGCCUUACCCAAUGCCAAAACCAGAGCCCAAGCCUCAACCCAUGCCUAAGCCAGAGCCCAAGCCUGAACCCGAACCCAAGCCCGAGCCGCCUCCGAAGGGCAAGCCGCCGAUGACUGACAAUUGAUGUGAUGCUCACAUAUGACAGCCGAAGGAGGAGGAGAUCGACCCCGUCCGGAGCCACGAUGUGCUAUUUCCAGAAUAAGUGGCAUAGUAUCCGGCUAGCGAGAUAGUGAUGAUGCAUCUUUUUUGCAUUCCUUGUAUUCCACCAUCCCUUUUUAGUUUCUCUUGUUCCAUGCACCCAUGAUGAUUAUUACUACUUUGUAAUUAUCAUUUGCGUGCUGGUAUGCGUUCAUCUGUGCACAUGACUCGGUUGUUCUUUCGUGUAUGUACACAUGAUCUUAUUCAUUUACAUGAAUGACAAUAUGUGCGGUUUCUAGUUAAA